GUCUGCAUAUCCUUCACAGAGACGAAAAGAUGCUCGAAGGAACGCUCUCCGUCUAUGCUUUUGGCCUUAUUUUCCCUCUUGCCCUUGCAGGAGGACUACUGUUCCUAAUUAGGUACUACAUUAAGAAAACCGAAUGGUGUGACAGUGACGAACGGUUAGAUGGAAAGACAGUUCUUCUCACUGGAGGAAGUUCAGGGCUCGGUCGUGCCCUCUCUGUGGAAUUGGCAAAGCGAGGAGCUCGAGUGGUGGUGGCGUGUCGAACUAAAGCCCGGCGAGACUCAACAGCUUUCUUUCUUCGAAGUAAAACAGGCAGCUUCAAUGUUCGGGUCAUGUUUAUGGACUUGACCAGUCUUGACUCAGUCUGGGAAUUUGCCCGGGAGUUCAAUGAAAGCGAGGAAAGGUUGGACGCUAUUAUCAACAAUGCUGCUAUCCUCUGUGAGAGUGAAAAAACGGCGGACGGUUUCGACACGAUGUUGGGGGUGAACUACAUCGGCCAUUUUCUCCUGACUCUCCUGCUACACGACAAGAUGAGAAAAUGUCCAGACAGUCCAACCAGGGUCCUUAAUGUGGUCUGCAGUGGAUUCCGUGGAGGGAAUUUGCAGGACCUGAAAAACUUAGAAGGACAGUCCGAGGGAGCUUACUCAAUCAAACAGCAUUACAGGAACAGUAAACUAGCCCAGUUUUUAUUUACGAAGGAGGUCAGUCGUAGGUAUCGAGAAAUGGGUAUAGUGUCCUUCGCUGUGGACCCAGGUCUCGUCUCAACAAACCUGUAUGCCCAUCUCACUGGCUUUUCUGGACAGCUCACUCAGGCAUGUGCUAAGGUUCUCUAUCGAACCCCAGAAGAAGGUGUGCAGACGAUUCUCUACUGUUUGCUGACCAAGGGAAUUGAGCCAGAAUCCGGCAAGCUCUUUCGUGACUGUAAAUUGCAAGAAGUUCAUGUGCCUGAAUGGGAUGAUCAAGCUGCUAAAGCAUUAUGGGAAAACACUUCUGACGUAAUUGAACAGAAAGGUAUUAAACUCAAUUUUGAAGAAGCAGAAGAGGAAUAAAACAAUACCUUAAGAUAUUUUUCAUCAAAACGCAAGAUAGCGAACAUGGGUUUGUGAAACGUGUGAUAGCUAAUAUUUCAUGUUCCAGGAGCUGAGUUUUCAUAAUUGCAUAAGUAGUAUACCAGUUUCAUCAAGCACAACUAUUACAACGGAGUAUAUUGUUCAAAAGUUCAGACAAGUUACUGCCCUACCUUCAGUCUUAAAUUUUAGGAUUAUAAUUACCUUAGGAUGUGCUGUGCAAAUAUUAUUCUAUUCAAAAUUUAAACUAAGUCUUAGACUUUGAUUGUUAAAGAAUAUGUGUAGUAAAUUUAAAAUGUCCUGCUGUAAUUCAUGUAUAAAUAAAGUGAUUUUGAAGCGUGUUACAAAA